UCGAAGCUUAGUAACCAUAAUCAAACUCAAAAUCAAUCUAUAACAAACCAAUAAACACAUUCCUAUUUUUGUAACAUGGGUUCUAAUAUUAACCCUAAUCCAAAAACCCUAACCACCAAUUUACUCUUCAUUUCCCUCCUUUUAUUCACAAACCUCAUAACACUCUUUCUUUCCUCAACUUACCAUUCCUCCACGUGUACACCAAAUUUCACAACCACCGCCACAGCCACAGCCACCGCCGCUGAAGACAGCGCCGGCGACGGUUACCUCCCACCGGAAUUCUUUGCUUCUACGUCACCACAAAAACUCCCACUCGGUUUCAACCGAAACUUCAACUCUGACACCGUCCACCCUCCCGCCGGCAGUGCAUGUACCCUAUUUCCCGACGAUAUCCGCAGCUUCAUGUCCUACGACGUUAAUGGAUCAUGUCCAGACGACGAGAUUCUCUCUCAAAGACUCCUCCUAAAAGGCUGCGAGCCUCUCCCUCGCCGCCGUUGCCGUCCGGCGGCACCACCAAAUUUCCCACAGCCUAUCCCCUUCCCUUCUAGUCUCUGGUCCACACCCUCAAACUCCUCAGUCGUGUGGACCGCUUACACAUGCAAAUCCUACACAUGUCUCAUUGACCGUUCCCGCACGCAGAGAGGCUUUGAUGAUUGUAAAGACUGUUUUGAUCUCAACGGCCGUGAGAAGCACCGUUGGACAAACCCUAGAUCAAACGGUCUAGAUUUCAGUAUCGACGAUGUUUUAGAAACACGUAAACCCGGUUCGGUUCGAAUCGGUUUAGACAUAGGUGGUGGAGUAGCAACUUUCGCGGUUCGAAUGAAAGAUAGAAACAUUACAAUUAUAACAACGUCGUUAAACUUAAACGGUCCUUUUAAUAGCUUCAUAGCUUCAAGAGGGGUUCUUCCUUUAUAUAUGAGUAUUUCACAACGGUUUCCGUUUUUUGAUAACACUUUGGAUAUAGUUCAUUCCAUGCAUGUUUUGAGUAAUUGGAUACCAGAAACAUUGCUUCAUUUUUUGUUGUUUGAUGUUUAUAGGGUUCUUAGACCUGGUGGGUUGUUUUGGUUGGACCAUUUCUUUUGUGUUGGGGAUCAAUUGGAGAAUGUUUAUGGACCUAUGAUUGAGAGUGUAGGGUUUAAGAAAGUUAAGUGGGUUACUGGGAAGAAGCUUGAUAAGGGACCCCAAUUUCAGGAAAUGUACCUUUCUGCUUUGUUGGAGAAGCCAUUCAAGGAUUCUUGGUGAAUAACAAUGUUUUCAAAUUUCUCUCUCAAAAAAAAAAAAAAAAUGUUUAAAAAUUGAACCGAAUCAGCUAGUUCAAUCGCGUGAAUUUGAAUUGUCUAUGGUUAAUUACUUGAGUGGCUUGAUUGCAAUUUUGUCGUAGUUUGAAUGAUAAUUACGGUUAACAUGAUGAACUAUAAUUUUUUUGUGGUGUUCGGGGUUCGAACUCCAGACUUUGCAUA